AUGCUUUCAGGGGACAUACCGCCUAACCAAACAAUAUACAUUAAGAACCUCAACGAGAAAAUCAAAAAAGAAGAAUUGAAGAGGUCCUUGUAUUGCUUAUUCUCGCAAUAUGGAAAGAUUUUGGAUGUUGUAGCUUUGAAGACACCCAAGCUUCGUGGGCAAGCAUGGGUUGCAUUUCUAGAAGUGACUUCUGCCAGUAAUGCUGUGCGUCAGAUGCAAAACUUCCCAUUUUAUGAUAAACCCAUGCGGAUUCAAUAUGCAAAAACAAAGUCAGAUUGCAUAGCUGAUGCAGACGGAAGCUUAGGUCCAAAAGAAAAGAAAAAGAAGCAGGAUGAUAAAGCUGAAAGAAAGAAGCGAGGUGAUGAAGGGCAGCAAUCUGCUACGGAAAAUGGUGCAACUGCUGAAAAUGGAGGCAGAACAGCCUCAUCUCGGCAAGGCAACCCAAAUGCACAUGAAGCAGCAGCUCCAAACAGCAUUCUGUUCAUUGAGAAUUUGCCCCACGAAACCACUAGUGCUAUGCUGGAAUUGCUGUUCAAACAAUACCCAGGAUUUAGGGAAGUCCGGUUGAUUGAAGCAAAGCCAGGCAUCGCCUUUGUAGAGUUUGAAGAUGACAUUCACUCAUCAAUGGCCAUGACUGCCCUUCAAGGCUUCAGAAUCACUCCUCAAAACUCCAUGGCCAUCUCUUUUGCCAAGAAGUAA